AUGUCAGAUCAGCAAAUCACAUUAGUGACUAAAGAAGGUAUCAAGGUAAAUACAAGAGAAUCGUUCAGGAAUCUUAGCCAUCUUAUAAACAAUGUGCUAGAAGACUCUGGAGUCGGUGAAGAAAUCCCUAUAGAGCAUGUUUCUAAUAAUGUUCUUCACAGCAUUUUGCAAUUCGCAGAGCACCAUAAUUUCCAGCCAGCAGCACCUCCAAAAAAGCCUAUCCCUAGCAAUGAUAUAGCCCAAGCUUUAGAAGACCCUUGGGACGCUGAAUUUAUUAAAAGAUUCAACAGAGAUGAAUUAAUAGAGCUUCUUCUGGCUGUAAAUUACUUGGAUAUGCGGUCGCUUUUGGAUAUAUGCUUUGCUACGAUAGCUUCUAUGUUUAAAGGAAAAAAUAUUGAAGAAUUAAAGUCUGAAUAUGGGAUAACAGAAGAAUUUACCCCAGAAAUGGAAGAACAAUUGAAAAGGGAAAAUGAAUGGGCUUUGGAAGGAAGUGAUAGAAAUGACUUGAGAGCAUCAUAA